CUAUUGCUAUUGCUAGUAGAAAUCCACACAACACAACGAAGUUGACAAAAUUCAAAAAAUUAUUGAUUCGCGAUGUUGGCCCUGGGUGCCCCUCCCCCAUCGUCUUCAUCUUCGUCAUCCCCAGCUUCUGGCCUCACCUCUCCCUUCCUCCAUCUCCCCAUUAAGCUCUCUUCUUCCUCAUUUUCAAGGAAACCGCCAAACAGAUUUCAAAAUCAUCGUCGCUCUCGAGAUUGCUCAUAUCCACUACUUAGGGCUGUUGAACUCGACCAGAGCACAAUAGUUGCAAUUACAGUUGGAGUUGUGAGCGUUGCAGUUGGGAUUGGGAUUCCUGUUUUCUACGAAACACAAAUCGACAAUGCUGCUAAAAGAGACAACACUCAGCCUUGUUUUCCCUGCGAAGGCAGCGGCACUCAGAAAUGCAGAUUAUGCUUUGGAUCGGGUUCGGUGACUGCAGAGCUCGGGGGUGGCGAGAAAGAAGUGUCCCGGUGCAUCAACUGCGAUGGAGCCGGUUCCCUCGUCUGCACGACGUGCCAGGGCACCGGUAUUCAGCCUCGCUACCUCGACCGCAGAGAAUUCAAGGAUGAUGACUGACUGAUGACUCAAAAGGAAGAAAGGAGAAGACCAGAAUCAGAAUCAUAUAGCCUUUUAUUUUGUUGUUAUAAUAUCACUAGUUGCUAUGGUGACAACAACUUCAAUUAAUUUCAUUUUCAAAUUU